AGGUAGUUUAAACUAAUGUACUUUCCUACUUCCGGUGGUUUCUUAGAAAAAAAAAGACUUUCCCACUUCCGACGGUUUCAAUUGAUAGAGUCCGAACCCAACACUCCUCCUUCCAAAGCUUAUUGCCUCAACAAAGGCCGAAUGGUUUGCUCGGCUGAAUCAACCUCAAAACGCCAGAAACCAGAAGAAGCGGACAGGAUCAGUAAUUUACCGAAGUCUCUCCUCUGCCGUAUCCUUUCGUUUCUCACAACCAAAGAGGCUAUUGUCACGAGCAUUUUGUCGAGCAGGUGGAAGACACUCUGGACUCUUGUGCCAAAGCUUGACUUCGACUACUACGAACUCACAACGACGUCGUCCUCAGCCGAAGUGCAAAGUCAUAAGCGGUACAAUUUUAAUUUUGCGCAUAUAGUAUCCAGAGUCUGGGCUCUUCGCAGUGCGAGUCAGGUACAAAAAUUUCGUCUCCAUUGGGAUCAUGGAGUUUAUGACCCAGUACACAUGGAUACAUGGGUCCGCGCUGCGAUUGCUCGUGGCGUGGAAGAUAUUGACCUCAACAUCGAUCCUAACUCUAACAGAUCUUUCUACUUGCCCUGUAGCCUCUUUAACUGUAAAACACUAAUAGCUUUGAAAUUGAGUGGCAAUUUUGAGUAUGAUACUCCUCCAUCUUCAUCCAUUGUGUUCCCGAGUCUCAAGAUACUGCAUCUUGAAUUUAACUUCAAUAGCUGCGACUAUCUUUUUACUCUACCCACUUUAUGUCCGGUGCUACAAGAUUUGUCUGUUAAAGUACAUUGUUGGUACGCGGAUUGGCAUUGUAAAUUCAUUUCGCCUACGCUGAAAAGAUUACAUUUAUAUAUGAAAUUUGAUGAGUUGCCUUACAAACUUGAAAUAAAGGCCCCAGCUUUGGAGUACCUUAAUUUUGGGGGUCAUUUGGAUAGCAUAUUGUUGGAAGAUCUGUCUAACUUGGUCGAAGCGGUCAUUGAUAUUGAUGUUGAUUUAACUAAAAUUGAUUAUUAUGAACACUAUGGAAGUAGGGUAUGGGACUUCAUCGGAGAACUCGGUGACAUUAAGUCCCUCCAUUUGUCAGCAAAUACCACUGAGUUCCUCUGUAAUGCAUCUGAAUUUGAUCCUCCCGUGUUUCAUAAUUUGUCUUUCUUAAAGGUUAAGGGUCCUUGUAUGUUGCAUGUGCUACCGCACUUGCUUCAAGUGACUCCUAAUCUUGCAGUACUUGUUGUUGAAAAGGAAGAAAGGAACUUUUUUAGUUGUGAAAAGGAAGAGAGUUUCACUUGUGACAUGAUAUUGUAUGAGGAGCCACUGCAACAAGUUGUUCGCAAAUGUCUGUCAUCAUGCCUUACAACUCUUCAUUAUGAAGGAUUUGAAGGGUUAAAGAAUGAGCUGAAACUUGUUAAACAUUUCCUAAAGAGGGCAAAGGUCUUAAAGACAAUGAAAAUCUCUUCUUAUAAUUUAAAUUCAGAGGAGAAGCUUUGUGUUCUCAAGGAAUUAUUGUUGUUUCCCAGGCAUUCUAGAUCUUGUCAAAUUGUAUUUAGCUAAACGAUAUAAAGCUGCUUAAUAUUUGGCUUAGGCAAUGUCUUGAAUUCAUGAAGUCAAUUGAUAUAAAAUCGGUUUUUAUGUUGGUGACAACCA